AUGAAGAGUCCUCAUCGGAUAUUGCUGGCCAUGUUUUGGCUAGCAGCUUUUGCCAUCAUUCACCUUGUUGAAGCACAAAAUCAAGAGGGUUUUAUAAGUUUAGAUUGUGGCUUGCCUUUAAAUGAAUCUCCUUAUGUAGAACCGGAAACCGAAAUACAGUUCUCAUCAGAUGAGAACUUCAUCCAAAGUGGAAAGAUGGGUAAAAUCCCGGCAAAUCUUAAAUCAGAAAACCUGAAGCCCUACUCGACCCUACGAUAUUUUCCAGAUGGCAUACGAAAUUGCUAUGAUAUAAGGGUAGAAGUAGGGAGGAAUUAUCUAAUUAGAGCUAUGUUUUUCUAUGGAAACUUUGAUGGGCUUAAUGUUAGCCCAGAGUUUGAUAUGUAUAUUGGCCCUAAUAAGUGGACAACCAUAGAUCUACAAAAAGAACCAUCUGGUUCAGGGGCAACUACACCAAUGAUAUCAACUUUGGAACUACGACCAUUGGCGAGUGAUUCUUACUUGGCUAUGUCUGGUUCCCUCAAACUUAACUUUCGUAUGUAUCUUAGUAAUUCCACUGCUCUUCUUCGUUGUGACAGGUAUCCAAAAGAUGUUUAUGAUCGUACAUGGUGUGACAACUGGACACAAAUUUCGACAACUUCAAAUGUGUCCAAUACAAAUCACUAUGAUCCACCACAAGCUGUGCUUAGAGUGGCCGCGAUACCUAAAAAUGUGGAUGGACCACUGACGAUAACUUGGAGUUUGGAGAAUCCUGAUGAUCAAAUCUACUUGUAUCGACACUUUGCUGAGAUCCAAGAUCUAGAGGCCAAUGAUACUAGAGAAUUUGACUGUUUGUUGAAUGGAGAAACACUUAAUAUAAAUGCUCUUAAUCCUAAGUAUCUUGAAAUAGAGACUAUGCUUACUACAAUUCCUAAGGAAUGCAACAGAGGUAUCUGUCGUAUGCAGUUGAUAAAAACCCAAAGUUCGACACUUCCACCUCUACUUAAUGGUUUUGAAGUUUACUCAGUUCUUCAGCUUCCACAACUUCAGACAAGUGAAACUGAAGGAAAUAAAUCUGAACCAUGGAUAAAGACAAGACGGAGAAGGUUUACUUAUUCAGAAGUUUUAGAAAUGACUAAUAACUUGCAACAACCUCUUGGUGAAGGAGGGUUUGGCAUCGUUUAUCAUGGUAACCUAAAUGGUUCAGAGCAAGUAGCGGUCAAACUACUUUCCCAAACAUCAGCACAAGGCUAUAAAGAAUUUAAGGCAGAGGUAGAACUUCUUUUGAGGGUUCACCAUAUAAAUUUGGUAAGUCUGGUCGGGUAUUGCGAUGAAAAAGAUCAUUUUGCCCUCAUCUACGAAUACAUGUCCAAUGGGGACUUGCAUCAGCAUUUAUCAGGAAAACAUGUUGGCUCUGUUUUGGACUGGGGGACUCGACUUCAAAUAGCCAUCGAGGCUGCAUUAGGAUUAGAAUACUUGCAUAUUGGAUGCAAGCCAGCAAUGGUGCACAGAGAUGUCAAAAGUACUAACAUACUGUUGGAUGAAGAAUUCAAAGCCAAAAUUGCUGAUUUUGGUCUUUCGAGAUCUUUCCAAGUUGGAGGUGAUCAAUCUCGAGUUUCAACAGUAGUUGCUGGCACUUUGGGAUAUCUUGAUCCUGAAUAUUACUUAACAAGUGAGUUGUCUCUGAAGAGUGAUAUCUACAGUUUUGGGAUCUUAUUAUUGGAGAUUAUCACAAACCAGCGAGUGAUUGAUCAAACACGUAAAAAGCCAAACAUAGCGGAAUGGGUGACAUAUGUGAUCAAGAAAGGAGAUAUUAGUCAGAUCGUGGACCCUAAGCUUCAAGGGAAUUACGAGCCUCGCUCUGUCUGGAGAGCUCUCGAAGUAGCAAUGUCAUGUGCAAAUCCUUCGUCCGCCAAACGACCAAACAUGUCACAAGUUAUCAUCAAACUUAAAGUGAAAUAA